UGUGUGUGUCCGUGUGCGCGUAUGUGGGGGAGGGCUAUUGGCUGGGGUGGAACAGUCCUGUAAUGAGUAGAUAGAAGAGAGACCAGCGAUAGAAAGAGAACUACAAUGAGGCCAAAAAUCGAGAGAAGGGCAGAUGAUUUGGUGAAAUUGAGAGAUUCGACAACAAGUCUGGUUCAGGGAGAUGCUGGAAUUGAGAAGACAAUGGAGAGUAAUAUUUCCUUUCUGCUUCUCUUGACACCCUAAAGAGAGAGCCUCCUGUGCAGCGUGGUGAGAGGUGAAUGAAACGGGAGAUGACCACACUCCACUUUACUUAGGCAUCUGAAUUUUUGCUGUAACGACUACAUGUUUGGAUUGUUGUUUCAACGUUUGUUUUUGGAGCCUUUCGAUAGAGAAAUAGCGUCAACUUUAUUCUCUUUUUUUCUUCUUCUGAAUAACAUACCAACGUGUGUAGGACAUCAGCUUCACAUCUCCAUAUCUGCCAGCGUGGGAGUGAUCCUGGGAUGCUGUCAUGGAUAAUUGAGCCGAGCACGCCUGAUGGUCCUGUCGUUACUCAGUAGGGCUGUGGGACGAGUAGAAAAGCCUAACCCUCGCUUGUCUGGAGCGCCCUGCUGCACGACUGAGACAAAAGGACGGCAAGCUCUAUGACUGCACGAAGGGUGGAGAAGAUGGCAUCGGACGAGGAUAAGAAGCAUUGUUAGGCCACUUGUCCAAGAGAAAGAGUACGUAUGACAUCUGUCUUCCUUGCUGCAGACUCCACACAGAAGCUAAAAUUUCCUAUACAUCAUAUAUGAUGCCCAUAGAGCCUUCCUGUCAUCCCUAAGAGGAAACUGGAUUUCACAAUUGGAUGCAAGGAAGUCAGAGGCCUGUGCCUCCCUGAGACCUGAUCCAGACAAGGCCUCCUCCCUUCUUGCUACUGUUGAGUAAACUAGGCCUUUGCAUUUCUUUUUCUAGACAUUCUAAGGAUUUGCCUAAACCUGUUUCAUGCAUGUCCACUGGAGGAAGGUUUGACUUUGAUGACGGCGGGUCGUACUGUGGGGGGUGGGAGCAAGGAAAAGCCCAUGGCAGAGGGCUCUGCACGGGGCCACAGGGACAGGGCGAGUAUGCAGGGGCAUGGAGUCACGGCUUUGAGGUCCUGGGCGUGUACACAUGGCCCAGUGGGAAUAGCUAUCAAGGCACCUGGGCGCAGGGCAAGCGGCAUGGCAUUGGAGUGGAAAGCAAGGGCCGCUGGAAUUAUAAAGGGGAAUGGACGCAAGGUUUUAAAGGUCGCUACGGACAGUUGGAGAGCACAGCAAGUGGUGCCCGCUAUGAGGGGACAUGGAGCAACAGCCUCCAGGACGGAUAUGGAACUGAAACCUACUCUGAUGGAGGAACCUACCAGGGCCAGUGGCUGGGUGGGAUGCGUCAUGGCUACGGUGUGCGCCAGAGUGUACCAUACGGCAUGGCGGCCAUCAUCCUAUUCCCACUAAGAACAUCCAUAAACUCUCUCCGUUCUGAGAACAGCCAUGACCUCCCGGCCGUGCUUGAAGAUGGUGUUGCGAAUACACCCACAGAUGGGGUGAUGGGUGGGUUAGCGGGCAGCCCUGUGGGCCGGGGAGGGUUUGCUUUAACUGCUCCAAGUGAAGCCGAGCGCCAGAGAAAGAGGAAAGGUCGUUUCCGGCAGUCCAUCCUGAGCGGCCUAAAGCUUCGACGCUCAGAAUCCAAAAGUUCUCUUGCCAGUCAGCUGAGCAAGCAAAGUUCCUUCUGCAGCGAGGCUGGCAUUAGUACAGUCAGCUCGGCUGCAUCCGACCUCCAUUCCAAUGCUAGUGAGAAUGAACAGGGAAGUCCUGUAGAUGCAACUGUGACAGAAAUGUAUGCAGGUGAAUGGCGGAGUGACCACAGGGCUGGCUGGGGGGUGAGUCGACGCACGGAUGGCCUACACUAUGCAGGUGAAUGGGCUGGGAACAAGAAACAUGGGUACGGAUCCACUACCUUUCCUGAUGGCACCAAAGAGGAGGGAAAGUACAAGCAGAAUAUGUUGGUGAGCGGCAAGCGCAAAAACCUGAUUCCACUGAGGCCCAGUAAAAUUCGAGAGAAGGUGGAUCGAGCAGUUGAGGCUGCAGAAAAGGCUGCAAAAAUUGCCAUGCAGAAAGCUGAGAUUGCUAUGUCAAGAAUGAGCCACGCUCGUGUAAAGGCAGAGGCGGCUGAGAAAGUAGCCCAGAAGGCUAUGGAAGAAUGUCGACUGUCCCGGAUAACUGCCAAAGAGCUCUCACCCUCUUUUCAUAUCUACGGCAACGGGCUCGGAUGUCAGGACCUCCAGCAUCAGAAUGCUAAGGACAAAGACCACGAGAUCAUCUCCACUGGAACAGAUAGUCCUGAGCUGUGUACUCCGGACACGACACCGCCUGAUCUCAGCCCACCCAAUCAUCUCCAUCGUCCCAGAAAUGCUUGCUUCAUGAGACAAAGUGCCGUGGAUGAUCAAGGCAGGUCAGAAAUCCAGGUGCUGAGAGAGUCACGUGGUGUGGAACUGCUGAAAGGGGGUGCUAAUGACUGGGCAGAUGACAUAUACCCAGAUCAAGGAUGUAGCAGCCGCUCAACAACACCCUCUUUAUUAGAAGAACAGGAGGGACAAAUUAAUGGCCAUGAUCAAGUCCCUUUGUUCAACCACAAGCUACAUGAAAGAUUGUCUAACCACAUGGUCUGGGAGGACAAUUCUUCCCACAGAGCAUGGGAGCAAUCUGUGUCCAACCAAAAGUCCUCCAAGCAUGCCUCUAAUCACAAGUCAAGGGAAUACACAUCAUCCAUUCACAAAACAUGGGAUCAUUCUUCUACCAACCACAACGCCUGUCAGCACGCCUCUUCUAAGUAUAGACAGGUACAAAGUUUAUCCAAUCACAAUGCCUUGGAACAUAACAUGACCAAUCACAAGACCUCUGAGCAUGGUUCCUCCAAUCACAAGUCCCAAGAUUAUAUCUCCUCCAACCACAACCCCAAUGACCAUGUUGCCUCUAGUUACAACUUUGAAGACCCUGUCUUCACCAGUCACAUUCUAAAGCAGCACAAUCCCUCCAACCACAAGGUUAGUGAGCAUGCUGCAUCUGACCAAAGGCAGGAUGACCUCGACGAGGGUUGGACUGGAGAAAAUAACAUUAGGUGGAGUCUCACCCACUCUUGCCUCACAGAGCGGGAUGAGGAAAGAAUGAAUGAAUACACAGUAGACAUGAUGCUUCAGUGUCAGGAAUCGCAGGUAUCCUGGAGGUUGGCCCAGGAAUCACCAGCCCCUCAAAACAACAGGCUGCGAUACCGAGGCUUGAGGCCAGUCAGAGAAGGAUCCGUGGACUCUGUCCAAAUGCUGGACAAUUUAAGUGUGGGAACAGAGCUUGAGAACUGGCCACUACAUAGGGACCUCACACUCUCCCCACCACUUCAGUCUCAGCCCAUCGUUCUGGAACAGGAAGGAGAGCUUCUCACCCUCAAAUCAAACUCAGGCUCCAGCUCCAUUCUGGUGGUUAUGGUCAUCUUACUCAAUAUCGGAAUAGCCAUUCUUUUUAUUCAUUUCUUUAUUUAAACUAAAACAGGUACAAUCUACAAAGAGCUUUUGAUCGCUACAGUAUAUUAUUACUUAUUGUGAUGGACAUUCUGCUUAUUCUCAUAGAGUCCACAGCCUGAAUGAUGGACACAGAACCUUAGUGAAGAGCUCCAUCAUUACGGUUUCUGCCUGCAUGCCAUUCCUUUAACCUCUUAUUUUGACCUUGCAACCAUUAAAAGAUGACUCAAAUAAAACUCACUAUAAUGUGAAGAGCGCAACUUAACCUGAAUGUGGCAUUUUUGGACACAAAUGCAUGAGUGUCCAUUGCAUACUGUUGCUUGAACUGUCACAGGGUGAUUGGGUCCAUUUUCCACCACUCAAGGAAAAGAAAAAUUAAGCAGGUUAUCAUGUACAUUACAAACCAAUAAUGCCAAACUUCCACUACUUUCUGCACUGCACAUAAAAACAAACAUUUUGUCUUUCAGCUUUUUCUGAUCUUGGUCUAAUUUAUUAAUGUUAUACCCAUACUGGCACUAUGCGCUCCAAACAGAAUUUUGCUGCCAGAGUAGAUCCAUUUAAAGGGCUAGGGCGUUUUUUUAUUUAUUGAUUUCUUUCAUUUAUUCUAAACCCACUUGAAACCUUUGCAGGAGGCUAUGUGGGGUGUUGAAAUUGUCAAUCCCUUUAACAUUACUAUUCUGUCUUCAUUUGGUUGGGCUCCAACUUAGAAAUCACUUCUCAGUGCACUUGUUUGAGGUCGCCACACUCAACACAACUAAAUCUUUGGAUCCAGGGGGGGAAAAAAAAUCAUUCAUGUAUGAUUUGUGGACUUUUUUUUAGGUCACCAACAUAUUGCAAGGUGCACAUUUAAGCUCAAGCAACUUUUUUGGCAGAAAUAAUUUUUUAUCUCAGCACUCCUUGUACAUCAGCAAACAUUCAAUACAAAUAACUGCUGACAAACUAAGAAGAAUUCAACAUUGUCUGUUUGUACAGCCUCCAGACUAUGUUAUGACCACUAAUUAUAUUACAAUAUGCGUAUGUGUCAUUAUUAUUAUUGUUAUUCUAAUUUGACAUAUUUUGUGAGCCAGAGAGAAUGCAGAGUGCCUCAUAUUUAUUUGGUUACCCUGUCAAAAAAUGUCCCCUUAAACUGCGAGAAAACAAGAUGAUGCCAGGCUAAGAGGAAACAAAUAACCUUCAACACAACUCACACACUUCCCACUUAACCAGCAAUGGCAUGCACUGUUUUGACUUUGUCUCUUCAUUACCCUUUGCUCACAAUGGGAAGGUGGGAUUUCUACAGCGUCAUUUCUUGUCACUUUUUGGGCCAGUUGAGGUUUUUUCCGCAUGUUUGUUAAGCCUGCUUAAUCUGGUGUCAAUUUGUAAAGGCUCUCCUUGUUGUCUAUUUCAUCAAGUAACAAUAGGCUACACGAGACAUGGAGAGCAGUGUAAAAUAAACGCUAGCUUUUAACUCUCAGUGGAAUAUGAAAUGUCCUUAGUUUAUGAAUGACAUGAAAACAAACUCGACUAUUAUAUGUUUUAUAUUUCUCACCCAGUGGCAUCAUUAUGUUGUGAAACUAUUGCAUGCCUGAGCAUGCUCUUUCUUACUCUUUGGUUUAUGAAGUUGUUAAUG